AGAUCAAGAUGGCAGCCUCCGUGUGUCGGUGCUACGAGCUGGUUGGCAGACGUGCCUUGGCCCUGAGCUGCCGGACUACGUUCUCUUCAGUGUGGAGAGGAGAUGCCUAUUCGUUACAUAGAAGCCCAGCUGCAACUGUGCAGGUGCGAUAUGCUUCAGGCCGUAAAGGUUUCUUUGGAGAGUUUGUGGAUAACCUGCGACAGGAACUCGGUAAGAAUCAGGAGAUGAAAGAGAACAUAAAGAAGUUCAGAGAAGAGGCCAAGAGGCUUGAGGAGUCUGAUGCUCUCCAACAAGCCCGCAGGAAAUAUAAAUCUAUAGAGUCUGAGUCAGUGAAGACUUCAGAGGUGUUCAUGAAGACCUUUGGCUCCCUGUCAGAGACCGUCAAGGAGGGUCUUGAGGAAGUGAGUCGUACUGACAUCGGAAAGAAGAUCAAGGAAAGUGUGGAAGAGGCUGCCAAGGCAGCCAUGCACUCUGCUAAGUCCGUCUCCAAAGGAGGAGAAAAACUGGGCAGAACCGGCGCAUUCAGGGCCAUCUCACAGGGUGUGGCGACCAUGAAGAAGGAGAUAGAUGUUGGGGACGCCGGCCCUUACAGAGCUCCCUCGCAGCUGAGGAAGAGAAGCGACUUUUCCUCCAAAGGUGCCGAAAACGACUCCAGAGUGUUUGAAGCCAAUGAAGAGGAUAUGGGUGUUGUUCUCCACAAGGAUUCAAAGUGGUACCAGCAGUGGAAGGACUUCAAGGACAAUAACUUAGUUUUUAAUAGAUACUUUGAGAUGAAGAUGAAAUAUGAUGAAAGUGACAAUGCCGUUGUCAGAGCAUCCAGAGCUGUGACUGACAGAGUCACAGGCUUCCUUGGUGGUCUUUUCUCCAAAACAGAAAUGUCUGAGGUGCUGACGGAGAUUGUGAAGGCAGACCCCACCUUUGACAAAGACUCUUUCCUCAAACAGUGUGAAAAAGACAUCAUCCCAAACAUACUUGAGGCCAUGAUCCGAGGAGAGCUGGACGUAUUGAAGGACUGGUGCUAUGAAGCUACCUACAGUCAGCUGGCUCAUCCCAUCCAGCAGGCCAGAGCGCUGGGGCUGCUCUUCCAGUCCAAAAUCCUGGACAUUGAUAACAUAGAUCUAGCGAUGGGUAAGAUGAUGGACCAGGGCCCAGUCCUGAUUAUCACCUUCCAAGCUCAGGUCGUCAUGGUGAUUCGUGGGCCCAAAGGAGACGUUGUGGAAGGAGAUCCGGAGAAGGUGAUGAGGAUGAUGCAUGUUUGGGCGUUAUGUCGUGACCAGGAGGAGCUGAACCCCAGCGCAGCCUGGAGACUCCUGGACAUCUCCGCCUCCAGCACGGAGCAGGUCCUCUAGGAGGAGAGCAGGUGAAAAGGCAGACACCCAAACUGUGAAGAACGAAAGAGACGCAAGGAUGUGCCUGCAACACCUGCACAAACUGCACACAUACAUUAACAUCUGAACACAGAGUGCACCCAUGCUCCUGUGUCAUGCCAGAGACUGCAUUUGUACACUCUCACAUUUCCGACUUCCCAGAGUGCACAUGGCAAUUCAUCCCCCCCUAUGGUGCAGAGACAUACUACCGGUGUAUGAUCAGGUCAUAGAAAACUGUGCGUCCACCAAUAUGUGUGUGUUGUCUCCUGCACUGGCUCGCUCGGUCUUUGGGUUUCAAGGUGGAGAGUGAAUACAGAACACUUGGAUUCAUCUUCGGAUGAAUGCAACCAAACGUUUCAACAACUGGCUAAAGUGGUACAGUCCAUUCACUUCAGGCUGGUGGCUCGAUCCAAGAAGAUCGGUGGAAGAAAAUGGAACAUCACACCUGUGACUUUACCCGCUGAAAGCCUAAAACUAGAUUUAAUGUCAUCACUGUCUUUGUCAAAUAAUGUAAACAGGAAAUUAGAAUGUGGGCACAGGCCUGGAGCCUUGUUGCAACAACCAAAAAAAGUGUCACAGCGUGAGAGACCAAGUUAAUCAAGGCAAUCGUGCUUCAAGUUUAGAGGCACUCCACACAUUACAAACCGGUUUUCUUGUCACAUGGAGUCCACUCCUGUGAAGGGAGCUUUCUAAAAUCUGAUAAAAUAGCCCAGAUGAUGUCAUCAAUUACUACAGAUUGGACUUCGCAUUUUUAACAGAAACUCUGUUUUACAAAUUUGGGAUGUGGAGUUUGAAAGAAGUAUUUACGAGAUGUGUAUGUGUAUGUAUAUAUAUAUAAAUAAAUAAAAUGCCUUCUUAACCAAGAAUAGCAUACAAUUACAUAUGAGAAGGUGAAUUUAACCAUUGAGACAGUCUUUCAUGUUUUUAGACAGUAAAUGGUUGAAGUUCUUUUUCUAGACUAAAUUACCACCGUUAAUUUUAAUUAAUGCCUUCUUAAAGAAUCCUACCAUUGUCUACAACAUCCAGCUGUGGCUUUCACAUCUGGAACUUAUCAGAACUUAAAGUCCAGCGAGUGAGCUGAGGGCUGAAGCAUCGAGCGCAGGCUGUGUUGUCCAUGUUGUCACGCGUCGCUCCAUCAGGAGGAAACAUGUCCUUCUGCUUGUAUUUGAAAGGCAGCCUGUUUUACCAAGUUGCCGUGCAUCAGGCUCCCAUUCACUGUAGAUCCACUCUCAAUAACAGAAUUGUACCUAAAUAUAAGCUCAACUCUGUGUAAAUAUAUUAAAUGUUGAGUAUCACUUCUUUAUAAGAUUGGGAGGGACCACAUUAAAAUACGUUGUUAUGGCAGCUUUAUCGUUUGAUGAUCAUUUGCCUUCUCAUGUUAUGUAUAUUUUUCAACUUUCUUUUACGAAAAUGUUUGAUUUACUGUUGCUAAAGAUGAAAACUUGAAUGAAUAAUUACUGACCGAUGUGUUGACUGGUGACAUUUUUACUGUGAGCAUGUGGGUCUCUACUCACAUGUCACUGAAGAUUUAACCCAUUCUGAUUGUACUGUAACGCCCUUUACUUGACCAUUCAAUUCAUCUGAAAGUCCAGAAUUGUGAAGAGAAGUUGAGCUGAUGAAUAUAUUUAAUGCCAACAUUAUACCAUGAGAAUUUGACAGUUGUCAUUCAUGGCCAAUGCAUGUGAUGUGAUGGUCACACAAAGCGCAACGGUCCUUCUGUGUCGUCGUGUCACUCCUGGGAACGAGACUUUCCAUUGAGAGGACUCAUUAAAGGUACAGGAUUUAACGAAGAGAUAUCACCAUGACACUUCCUCUGUUAAUUACUACAUAAAAACGAUUAUUAAUGUUUUGUCAUACAAGUGUUAAAAAAGCGAAUCUCUCGUGUGAAUUUAAAUCAAGUUAAAAAUAGUUGUUUUAAAUUUGUUAAUGUUUUUGAGGCUUUUAAAUUGAAGCUUUUGGAUAUCUCUGUGUCGCUCUUUUAAUCAGAAAAUACUGCAACAGCUGUUGAGAUAAAAUGUGAUAUAAACCAGUCUGAUCAAUAUAUGAGCAAACUCCUCUAAAAUAAAUCUGAAUAUAUUUAGUAUUUAAAAUGGACUGUUUGUUGUAUGGCAGAGCUCUGAAGGGGAGUGAAAAAUAAAACUAAUGUAGAUGAAACGGCCUUUAAAAUAUACGUCUUAGAUACAUAGGGUAAAAUAUCUUAAAUAACAAAUUACCUCAGUUAAUUACAAUAAGAACUUUUUAUUUUUUAUUAUGUUUUCUGUAAUAUGUUUUAAAUGAAAUACAGCUGCUCACAGCUGGUCUACAGAAAUAGAUUACAACAAGUAUCAGUUAGAUUGACAUGAAACGUGGUUUAGAUAGUUUUGGUCCUCCACACAAUGAAUAUUAAUGUAUUUUUGAGGCCUCAAAGUUGAUCUGGCAUCUUUGGAUUUUCCACAAAUCAUUAAAUUCAGUGAACCACACUCACCUAACACACUUAAUGAGCGUCCCUCGAGUGACACCAUCAACCAAAGUGUCAUCUGCACACAUAAUACUGUUUCUCAUCAUUAGAAAAUUAGAUUGCCAAAUUGUCUUUAUUGAUUUUGUGAAUGUUCCUCUAACACUACCCUGAGGAGAAAUGAUAUGUUGGCUCCACUCGUAAACAGUGAUUGCUCUACGCAACACUCACAAUGUUCUUUUAUUGGAGUGGUUGGUUUAGAACAAGUGAAAACAGACCCAGCUUGCUAAAAAUAUAUAAUUUAUCAACACGGUUCACUUGUUAACUAACUACGUUUCCCAUGAGACAUUAAAUCCAUCCUUUAACUUUAAGUUUUAAGUUGACGAAUGAAAAAAUAUUCAUGUGUUUUUCUAUUUUUAUCUAGAAAUAUGUCCGUCUACAGAAUAAAGGGUGCUGUUUUAUGAUUCCCUUCAUCGGAGCGUUCUUAGUCAGCAGCACGGUGUGUUCUGAGUGUGUUUUUGCUCCUGAGAGAACAUUAAACCCUGAAAGUUG